UACAACCCAAGAAACCAACAAACAAAAUGGAAAUCAAAUCAACCAUGAUCAUCAUCUUCAAUAUUCUUUCAGUUUUCAGCCUAUGCUGCCUCACAUUUUUGCAUGCAUCUGACCCUCCAUUGUCUUUAGAUUACUACAAGUCUACUUGUCCAAAUGCCGAAGCUAUUGUUAGGAAAGAAAUGGAGUGUGCUGUGCAAUCUGAUCUUCGAAAUGCAGCCUUAAUCUUACGUUUACACUUCCAUGACUGCUUCGUGCAGGGUUGUGAUGGAUCGGUGUUGCUAGAUGAUACAUACACGUUACAAGGAGAAAAGAAAGCUCCGACUAACUUAAAUGCUUUGAAAGGUUUUGAAAUCAUCGAUAGGAUAAAGAACAAGCUUGAAUCUGAGUGUCCUGGAACAGUUUCAUGCGCUGAUGCUCUUACUAUUGCUGCAAGAGAUGCAACUGUGCUCGUUGGUGGGCCUUAUUGGGAUGUCCCAGUUGGGAGAAAAGACUCCAAGACUGCUAGCUUUUCGCAGGUGGAAACAAAUAUUCCAGGUGCAAAUGAUGGGCUCCUCUCGAUGAUCUCUAAGUUUAUGUACCAAAGCCUCUCCGUCACCGACAUGGUUGCACUUUCUGGUGCUCACACAAUCGGUAAGGCUCGUUGUACAAACUAUCGAGCAAGAAUCUAUGGAGACUAUCAAACAACAGCAACUAUGAACACAAUAGCAGAGUCAAACCUAAAAAGCUUGAAGUCAACGUGUCCGGCUGCAGGGGGAAGAGACAAUAACGAAGCACCAAUGGACUAUAUCUCACCUAAUCUUUUUGACAACUCGUAUUACCACAUCCUUCUUAGAGGAGAAGGGCUUCUUAACUCUGACCAAGAACUUUAUUCCAGCAUUCUUGGAGUGCAAACAAGCAAGCUUGUCAAGCAAUAUGCUGAAGAUCAGAUAGCUUUCUUUGCACAGUUUUCUGAGUCCAUGGUGAAACUGGGAAACAUUACAAAUCCUGAAACUUAUGUUGAUGGGGAAGUUAGGAAGAACUGCAGGUGCCGGAAAAUGAAGCACCACCAUAACUGUGCACAACCACCACCGGAAACCCCUUUUUACCGCCGCCACUAA